GAGCGAGGGCAGGAAUCCCACAAUAGCAUUCGGAGGAUUUUUUUUUUUUUUUUUUUUUCGAGGCAGCGCUGAGCUGGUGGCUGUUUCAAUCAAAGGGAAGGCAGAGGGAAGGGAGGCUCUGCGGAGAGAUGUAAGAUGGCAGAGCUACAAAUGUUGUUAGAGGAAGAGAUUCCGGCCGGCAAAAGAGCGCUUGAGGAGAGUUACCAAAACCUGACGAGAGUAGCGGACUACUGCGAGAGCAACUAUGUCCAGGCCCAGGACAAGAGGAAAGCUCUGGAGGAGACCAAAGCCUAUACCACCCAGUCCCUGGCCAGCGUGGCCUACCAGAUCAAUGCCUUAGCCAACAAUGUACUCCAGCUGCUGGACAUCCAGGCCUCGCAGCUGCGGCGCAUGGAGUCCUCCAUCAACCACAUCUCCCAGACGGUGGACAUCCAUAAAGAGAAGGUGGCCAGGCGGGAGAUCGGGAUCCUGACCACCAACAAGAACACUGCGAGGACCCAUAAGAUCAUAGCGCCGGCUAACAUGGAGCGGCCGGUCAGGUACAUCAGGAAGCCAAUUGACUACAAUGUACUGGACGACGUCGGCCAUGGUGUAAAGCAACAUGGAAACAAUCAGGCGAUCAGAGGAGGAACACUAUCGAGGACCAAUCCGCCGACGCAGAAGCCGCCGAGCCCUCCCAUGUCAGGGCGUGGCACGCUCGGACGCAACACGCCCUUCAAGACCCUGGAGCCGGUGAAGCCUCCGACGGUGCCGAACGACUACAUGACCAGCCCUGCCCGGCUUGGCAGCCAGCACGGCCAGCACAGCCCCGGACGCACGGCGUCGCUCAACCAGAGGCAACGCACACACAGUGGGAGCAGCGGGGGUAGCGGCAGCAGGGAGAACAGCGGCAGCAGCGGUAUUGGCAUUCCCAUCGCCGUGCCUACACCCUCCAUCCCCAACUCUGGACCAGUCACGCCCAUGUCCGCUCCCCCCGGAGCACCUCCCCCGCCCCCUCCUCCGCCACCACCUCCGUCCAUGGCCGGGCUCGCCCCCCCAGCUCCGCCACCACCACCUCCUCCUCCUCUCAUGGGCGGGUUUGCCCCCCCAGCACCACCACCACCACCGCCAGCCUUAGUGGUGGCCCCUGGGCCUGGUCUGGGCCCCGCUCCAAUGUCCCAGUUUGGAACCAUCUCGCGGCAGAUUUCGCGGCACAACCCUUCCAACUCCUCUGUCUCUAUGGUUUCGGCCACGGGCACCUACCGCCGGGCGCCGUCGGUCACUUCCCAGUUCUCCUUGCAGCAGCAGCAGCAACUACAGCAGCAACAGCAGCAACAACAACUACAGCUACAGCAGCAGCAGCAGCAGCAGCAGCAGCAGCAGCAGCAGCAGCCUCACAUUAAUGGAGGCACUCCUGGCUACGGCCAGAACUCAAUGUCUAUCGCUCCCCCUCCUCCCCCCAUGCCCCAGCUGACUCCACAGAUACCUCUGACUGGCUUUGUGGCCAGGAUGCAGGAGAGCAUUGCAGAUACUCCCACUCCUCCGCCCCCGCCGCCUCCAGAUGACAUCCCCUUGUUCGAUGACUCUCCUCCCCCUCCACCGCCUCCUCCGGUCGACUACGAGGAGGAGGAUGCCGCGGUGGUGCAGUACAACGACCCCUACGCCGACGGAGAUCCACAGUGGGCGCCCAAGAACUACAUAGAGAAAGUGGUGGCCAUCUACGACUACAGCAAGGACAAGGACGACGAGUUGUCGUUCAUGGAGGGCGCCAUCAUUUACGUCAUCAAGAAGAACGACGACGGCUGGUUCGAGGGCGUCUCCAGCGGCGUCACCGGACUCUUCCCCGGCAACUACGUGGAGUCCAUCAUGCACUACGCCGACUGAAGUGACCUGGCAGUAACAGUACAGUCUAUUUAUUCAGUCAUAUCAUAUUCCACUGAGAGACUGACCGCAGCAAACUCCUGUGACACAUAGACAUAACUGUAUGAUCCCCCCCUCCUUUUUUGAUAUGACAGAAUGUUCUUUCCCUUACUGAUUGCAAAUAAAAUGAAAAGUAAUAUCUAUUUAGUUUAUUUUGGUGUUAUAUGGGUGGGCGGGGGACAUUUAUGGAAUAUGUAAAAACAAAAAAAAAAUUAAGUUUCUAAAGAAUCAGACUGCACGCGCUCAGAAACUCAGAGACGACGCAGCUGAAGGAUGUACGACGUCAUCUUGCCUGGACAAAAAAAAAAAUUUAAAAAUCAGAAGUGAAACCUUUAUGAACAAAAGUAUUAGGUCGAACGGAUCAAAUACAAUAUUAAUGUCAUGUAAAACACCUUCAGUCGAAGCGUUUGUACUGUCAGUUGUAUAUAAUGUGAGCUGCAGCCACUCGGGGGUUUGUGUAAUGUGAAUUCAGUGAAUGUCGAUUCUAUGAUAGUUUUCAUUAGCGGCGCCCUCCUCGACUCCGUAAGGCUCCAAAUGCAGACAAGCCUGUCGAUAAUCUACAAAUUAAAAUACUGUGUGUGGUAUUUCAAAGAUAAACAAAUACUCCUGGAGAUCAGUCUUGGCAAAAAAAAAAGCAUGCAACAUUUUUAAGAGAUAAAAUGUAAAUUUAAGUUUAUUGCCAUUAUGCUUCCAAUUAUGUUGUAAAUGUAUUCAACUAUUUUUUUUUUUUUUUUAUUAAUUUUUAUGACACUGUUGAAAUCACUGAACUUUUCAGACGCUUUCCCGUGAUCUCACCCUCUAAAUGCCAGCGUGUGUUUGAUUUCAGGGAUAGACCGAUUAUCAGAUCAGAUAUUAAUUAUUAUUCCAGUUUGCUCCUUUCUGUCUGAAUUAAGGCAAAUACUGUCUGACUGGUUACACAAGUAAUAGCAUAUCAACACAGAAUCAUCUGAAUGUACUAAGGCUGCAGAUACACUUGCUGUUGAACCACACGUCUGCGUAGACAAAACGUAGUUCUUCACAUACUUGCCGAUAAUACUACGCAUGUUAAUGAAGGAUGUGAUUAGAUGGCACACGUAAGGUUGUGUAAUUGUUUCUCCCGUGGUUACUGACUCCUUAAUCCUAUCAAAUCCACAUACUACACUACGCUGCUCCUGCUGUUCACGUGUAUAUCGCAGCUUGUGUAACGUUAAUUGUUGAGGACGUGCACAAACGACGCUCGAACCAACGCUUUUAUCUGAUUUCGCAAAAGAGGAUGUCAUGACGGACUAGAAAGCUGGUGUGAACUUUGGUAAAAUUCAAUACAAGAUAAGAUUAUCCUCAACUUCCAGACCACGUAUAAUAAUUGCGUCUAAAAGUAAGGAAGAUGGAAAUAAUUAAGGAAAUGUACAAGCAACUCAAAUUUGUAAUUCAGAGUUUCUAAAUCUUGAAAACAAGAUUUGAAUUUUCAUCGGUUAUCUGUCCACCUAAUGACUAACUAUCUGUAUCGGUCUAUCCCUAAUUUGCGUCCAUAAAAGUGAUCUGGAGUUUCCUUUUUCAUGCAUUUGAUCUGUUUGAAGCACGAGGACACAUUCCAUUUCAAGAUUAUGUCACAUCACUGUUAUCAACUUCAUACUAAUCCAUAUGAAACCUGUAGGAUCCAUUGGUAACAUUGGCAUUAACGGCCUCUGGUGAGAGAGCAGGUGGAGCGCAGUGACGAUGAAGACGGGAGCUGUGGUGCCUGACACUGCCAUGUUGACGAUUCAGCUGUAACGUUAGACCAACAAACAACUAAUACCUCCUCAGUCCUCCACCGAGCAACAGGGACCGUGUCGAACACUCUGAACAUGAAAUCCUCUGGGCUGCACAGGUGUACAUAUUUUAACUCGAGUUAAAAUCAGCCAAUCAAUAUCAGAUUUCACUCAGGUCUAGGAUUCAACUUUAUAACAUUGUAAUUUUUUUUUUUCCUUUCUCUGUUGGCCCUUGAACGUACAUCUUCAUUAAUUUUUUUUAACUUCCAAAUGUCACCAUUUCAGGAUACUGCAGCUAAUGCCUUGAUAUAUUUUGCCUGUUCGCUUUCCAAUACAGAAAAAAAAUUAAGUGUUCCAGCUCAAUUUCAUGGGUAGAAAUAUUGAAAUCUGUCUGCCCUCCAUUUGUACAUAUAAUAUGUUGAUUGAAAAAUUAAUGUACAGUCUUUUAUAAUAAACAAUUCUAUGUACAA